AUAGAACCUCUCGACGAGGAGGUUGCGCGCGCGCAGGUUUUACUUUACGCUAACGAAGUGCUGUGGUGGUUCUGUGUUGUGGAUUACUUGGAUUUUCGUUGCUGGAUUGUUUUUGGUGCUCGGAACUAAAAAAUCCUCUAGAGGGAAAGUCUCCGUCAUCUAAAAGAGGGAAAUACUAAAGUUUAACCCAGGAUUUGAAUAUAUUCAGAAUCUGCAUGUGAUGAUCCUCCAUGAUGGUCUGAUUGAAAUUUGGUCCUUCGAGCUGACGAUCUGAGAAAUGGAGGCAUCAUCUUCAGACUACAGCGACGAGGAAGUUGGCGUGAUUGCACGAGGGCAGAAGCUGUGGGUACGAGGGGUGCGCUCGAAUACUACUUGUGCAGACAUAGUCCGAGCUUUGCAGGACGCUCCUGAAGCCGAAUGCCUCAGCGAACCUGGUGAAUGGGUUCUAGCAGAAAGAUGGCGAGGUGUUGAGCGUCCGCUGCCACCAGACGUACCAGUGUUACAUGUACUUGCAGCUUGGGGAGAUGCUCGUCAUGAGGUGCGCUUAUCUCUUCGGCGACUUUCAAGUGGUGGGGAAGACGAUUCAGGGCGAGACAGCGACGGCAGCCGGAAGUCCAGACGACGGCGGAAGGGACACAGGACUGUUACUCCGCCACCACGAGCUAAGAGCGAAGACCCAGCAGUUAAGCUGGUUUCCGUUAUACAGUAUCAGAGUAGAACUAUACACCAGCAACUUGAUAAGCUCAGGGAACAAGAAAAACUAAUUGAUCAACUUGAAGAUCAAACCCACAAGAACAGAAUGGAGAAGCACGGCACCAAUUACCUUCUGGAGUCCUACCUCCGCGAUCUUGGGCGAUGCAGUGAAGUCAAUGAUAGCCAAGCAGCGAACAGCGACAGUGGAGUAGGCGUCGGAAGUGGAACACCUCCCCGAAGACAUACCAAACACAAAUCAAGAAGAGAAAGACAUCUAAUGAGAGAGCAUUACUUCACAAAAGAGCUUACGGACAUAUGCCAAGUUAAUUCUGAAAGACUGACACAAACUCACACUGAUACAGAUUCCGAAGGUUCUACUGACGAACUUACAAAAAUGCGUGAAGAGAUUGAACUGCUCGAGAAACUAGCCAUCAUAAACAAGAGACUUCAUAGAGAAGAGGAACUCGUCGUCAGACUGACUGCAAAAGUAAAGCGAUAUACAGACGAGAAUAAUGCUAACAGUUGUGAAAACGUAACACAAGUGGGAAUGCUUAUGGACAAAAUAGAAGAAGAUUUAGCAAAAAGUGCAAAAGAGAUGCAAGACAAUAUGACGGAGUUAGAAAGAACGGAUAGGGAAAUAGAAUACAGAAUGAAACUAUUAGACGAGCUUACAUUGCAGCUGGAAGAAGAAGAACUGCAGAAUACAAUACUGGAAAGGCAACUGAAUGAAGCGUCGAGUAGACAACCUAUUAUAUUACAAGAAAGUUAUAUUCCAGUUUUGGAUCAGAGCAAUAAUCAACCUGUCUUCACAUAUACUGGCAACGGAUAUGUUUUAGAUACUCUAGUAUGACAAAUAUAAGCAAUUAAGGUAACUGCUAAUUAGAUGAUGUAAAAGGAUAUGUAGAAGGAACAAUUAGUAGGGCAAUAUCCCUUCUCUUUUUUGGAAAUACAUCAUAAAGCUUCUAGCACGAAUGCAGUAACAUUUUCCUCUACAAUUCGCAGUUUUUGGUAGAAGCCAAAACUAACAGAAAACCUUGUAUACUUAUUAGGCUACUAAUACUAAACAAGGCAUAGAAACAAAGACAGUACGAAUCAAAGAAAUUAUUCCCUACAUCAGCUGCAUUUAGUAGUAGCAGUCUCUAAAUCAGAUGUCCUACAGUUAGCAGUUACUUUAACACUUUACCCAAAGAUAAUUUGAAAUUACCAUAUGCUUCCAUACUCGUGAUCCAAUUCCAAAAUGUUCCCCAAAAUAUAUUUAGUAUUAGCUUUAGAAACGGUGCUAAGAUUAUAUCGAUAUUUUUGUAAAUUUAAUUAAGAUUCUGUAUUUAUAUUAUCAAUACCAAAAAUGUACACAGACCACCAAUAUUUGAUGUAAAUAGUUAGAUGUAACUAGUCAAAUUGGCUAAUAUGACAAUAAAUAUAUUUUUUUUCUGUAA